AAUGACAAUGCUCAGAAAUCAAACCGACCAAAUUCAUGAUCUUGGUGCUUCUGAAAUGCUAUCUUCUCUGGAGGUGGUGGCCACACCUUGGUACCCAAUUGUAUUUGAAGGUCAAAGUGUAAACCUGCAUUGCCGUGCCUCCACCCAUCCCCCAUCUGUCAACUGGUCCUGGCACAGGUUGGACAACCAGAAGGGCUGGCAAGAGGUGGACACAAGGAGGGACCUGACCCUCACCAAGGCCGAGGAGAGUGGGCAAUAUCAUUGCUGUGCCUCAAGCAGUAUAAAAGGGGUCUGGCAAGAAGAGCAAAGCACCAACCACACAGUCUAUAUAAUCCCUCUGCCCAAAACUGUUGGUGAUAAAUUAGGGGAAGCAGCUUUCUAUCUGUCUUUGUUGGCUUGCAUCAUCCUCUUCACCUUUGCCCUUUGGCACCUUUGCCCUUUGGUGUGGCAAAGACUCAAUGGGGGAGUACCUCUACAGUCCCUUACUGCCACCAAUAACCCCGCUAAAGGUUCUGGUGGACCUGCAAAGGCACCAACAGGGAGCCUGGUGCACAGUAGGGGUGCAGCAGAGGUGUACAUGAACUACACAAGCAGCAGCAAAGCCUACGCUGACCUGGAUCCCAACUGCAUAACCGAAGAGAAUGCGUAUUCCAUCCUUUCCUAAAAACAGCAAGGUUGUGGAAAUGCUAUGGAGGAGCGGAGAGAGGACACGAGAACAUAUUGGUGCUCACCAACAGUCCCUGGUCAGAUAGUGUAUAGAUAUAAUAUGUGACAUUUUGCUUUAAUCUUCUUUGAGUGGCAGAUGGAUGGCGUUUGUAUCAUAGAUCAUGACAAGGAGAACUAGAAAGACUACUCCAGUGCUCAAGUAGAGCACAAGUAGAGAGAUGAGUCAAUUAAAGGUACAAUCCUUAAUUCAAAAGGGCACCUACUCCCAAAUUGAUUGACAGGUCUCGGUUCAGGGACAACACUAAACAACGGCAAAAUCUAAGUUUCUAAUGUUUUCUUAAGCUGUAAAAGGUUUGUUUACAUCUGUAUGUGUGCAAAAAUUGGAGAAAACCAAUUACAAUUGGUUGACAAAGACACAAAAUGCUUGUUUUCCAUCUAUAACUUAAACGCUUCAAUUAUAUAAUCCAUUAUCCGAACCACUUGUCCUGCUCUUAGGGUCGCGGGGAUGCUGAAGCCUAUCCAGCAGUCAUUGGGCGGCGGGGGGGAGACACCCUGGACAGGCCGCCAGACUAACGCACAGGGCCGACAUACACACACACACCCCCACACACAUUCAUACCUAGGGACAUUUUAGUAUGGCCGAUUCACCUGACCUACAUGUCUUUGGACUGUGGGAGGAAACCAGAACCCCCAGAGGUAACCCACGCAGACACGGGGAGAACAAGCAAACUCCACACAGAGGAGGACCCGGGACGACCCCCAAGGUUGGACCACCCCGGGGCUCGAACCCAGGACCUUCUUGCUGUGAGGCGACCGCACUGUGCGACCAGGCCGCCCUCAAUUAUAUAUAAUAAUAAUAAUGAUAAUAAUAAUAUAAUAAUAAAUCAAACUUAUAUAGCACUUUUCUAACACUCAAAGUCGCUUUAAUAAACGGUGAAACAAGACAACAUAAACACAACAGACAUACAGGGGUGGAUGGGAAGGGGGGGGCUGGCUAGGAGAAGCGGCAGCCACACAUGACACCAGCAGUACUCUCCCACUUAAACACAUACAAAACAGUAUGUAAACAAGCCCAUUUCAGUUUUAUGUUGCCAAAUAAAUCACAUAAUGGGCAUUUAAUGAUCAUUUCUUCUAGUAGAUGAAAAGAUUGCCGACACUUUUUAACUACCCUGAUGCUUCUGAUGAACGCCACGUCUCUCACACUAACUAGGUUUACACGAAGAGAGAGAUAUCAAAAAUAGAUUUCUUUAGGAAAUAAGACCCAGUACAUCUCUUACAUUGUGUGUGUGUGUGUGUGUAUAAAUCUGUCCAAAUAAGAAAAAGUUGAUAAAGUGUUGAAGUUAUUAAAGAAAUAAAUAACUUAC